GCAAGCGAGAGGACACUCCCCUUUAAACCGGCAGCGUCCCUGCUUUUCAUUCCCUCUCUUCCUGGAGGCUGGAAGUGGAAUUUAAAAAAGGAAAAUCGGUGAAAGGAAAAUAAAAUAAAAUAAACCCUUAAAACCCGUCUGGAUUUAAACCCUCAAACCCGGCGAUCGCUGCGAAUAAACGGGCAGGAAUCGCUGGCUUUAAAGGCGACGUCUUGUUUACAAGAAGGCCCCGGCUCGCAAGUUUGAAUCUGCGCAUCAUUUAGAUAUCCGAUUGCAGCAGAAUGGACUCGCUAAAGAAAGCGAUGGCCCCCUCCUCAGUGAAGCUGCAGGAGUUGAUCAGAGUGAUCCGCACAGCGAAGACUCAGGCGGAGGAGAGAGGGAUGAUCCAGAAGGAAUGUGCCGACAUCCGCUCAGCGUUCCGGGACGAGGACCCAGCCUUCCGCUGCCGGAACGUCGCCAAGCUGCUGUACAUGCACAUGCUGGGGUACCCCGCCCACUUCGGACAGAUGGAGUGCUUGAAGCUCAUCGCCUCCUCUCGCUUCACUGAUAAGCGUGUGGGAUAUCUGGGGGCGAUGCUGUUGCUGGAUGAGAGGCACGAUGCCAGCCUGCUGAUCACCAACUCCAUCAAGAAUGACUUGAAUCACAGCAGUCAGUACAUCCAAGGGCUCGCUCUGUGUACUUUGGGGUGCAUGGGGUCCCCUGAAAUGUGCCGAGACCUGGCGACAGAGGUGGAGAGAUUGCUGAAGGCUUCCAACUCCUACAUCAAGAAAAAGGCGGCGCUGGCUGCGGUCCACAUUGUGAGGAAGGUUCCAGAGCUUAUAGAACUCUUCGUCCCCACGACAAAGAGGCUGCUGGGAGAAAAGAACCAUGGUGUGCUACACGGGACUGUGAUUCUGAUAACAGAGAUGUGCGAGCGCAGCCCAGACACCCUGAGGAAGUUUCGCAAGGUGGUUCCUGAACUAGUUCAGAUCAUGAAGGGGUUAAUAAUGUCGGGGUAUUCCCCCGAGCACAACGUGGCGGGGAUCAGUGACCCCUUCUUACAGGUUCGAAUCCUGUGCUUGCUGAGGAUUCUGGGACACCAUGACGGUGAUGCCAGUGAAGCGAUGAAUGACAUCCUAGCGCAGAGAAGAGUCCUCUCGUACAAACGCAGCAUCAGAGUCAUAUACGGGCCUGAGGUAGUCCUCACAUCGGUGUCGCUCCCAAGGAAGAGCGGGCUGAGGGUACACAGCUCUGUGUGUGUGUGUGUGUGUGUGUGUGUAGAGAUCCGAUCAGAGAGCGGGCUGAGGGUUUUAGCUGUAAAUAUCCUGGGCAGAUUUCUGUUAAACCAUGAUAAGAAUAUCCGCUACAUCGCGAUGAUGAACUUGGUUCAGACGGACCUCAGUGCUUGUGUGUCUCUCUCUCUCUCUCUCUCUCCGUCUCUGUCUCUCAGGAAAGCUUUGGAUCUGAGCCUCGCUCUGGUGAACGCUCACAAUGUUCGCUCGAUGAUGAAGGAGCUCCUCCCCUUCCUGGAUAACUGCCCCCCCGAGCUGCGCUCCGACUGCGCCUCGGGGGUCUUCCUCGCCGCCGAGAAAUUUGCCCCGUCCAAGCGCUGGCACAUUGACACAAUACUGAGAGUCCUCACCACGGCCGGCAGUUUUGUUCGUGACGAGACGGUUCCCAAUCUGAUCGUCUUGAUCACCAACGCCUCAGAGCUGUACUGUUACACUGUGCACAAACUGUACAGGGCUGUGCUCAACGACAUAUCUCAGCAGCCGUUGGUUCAGGUGGCCUCCUGGUGUAUUGGUGAAUAUGGAGACCUGCUUCUGACAGGAGUGUGUGAGGAUGUGGAGCCAAUGCAGGUGACGGAGGACGAUGUUCUGGACUUACUGGAGACGGUGCUGCAGUCUCACAUGUCCUCCCCUGCGACGAGGGCGUACGCACUGACAGCCCUCAUGAAACUGAGCACCCGGAUCAGAGACAAUGUGGAUCGAAUCAGGAAGGUGGUGUCAAUCUAUGGCAGCUGCAUUGACGUGGAGCUCCAGCAGAGGGCGGUGGAGUACAACGCUCUAUUCAAGAAGUAUGACCACAUGAGGUCUGCAGUGCUGGAGAGAAUGCCUCUGAUGGAGAAAGGCUCCCCCAACCACAAUGAUCCGAGCACUGUCAUUUCAAACGGAGAGAGAGAGGGAGGGGGGGAAACCCAGGGGGGGGUCAAACUGCAGCCCCCCGUCGCCUCACAGGCAGUGGACCUGUUGGAUCUGAUCGGAGUUCCAGACGCCUCGCUCCCAGAAGCCUCGCCCCAGCCCCAGUCCCAGCCCCUCACUGGUCAGACUGGGCUUGAGAGCUCUGUCGGGGGAGAGCUACUGGAUCUACUGGGAGGCAUUGACUUUGGAGGCAUCCCCUCCAUCACAGCCUACAACAAGAGCGGACUGAGCCUGGAAUUCAGCUUCCAGAGAGAGCAGGGCAGCCUGCUGACCAUCACCCUGCAGGCCAGGAACAGUACAGCCUCCGACAUGACCGGGUUCCUCUUCCAGGCAGCCGUGCCCAAGACAGUGCAGUUGCAGCUUCAGGCCCCCAGUGGUGAUGUGGUGCCAGCGAUGAACAGAGGGAGCGUGAGCCAGAGUAUCCUGAUCAACAACCCCAACAGAGUGUCUCUCAAGAUGAGGCUGCGUCUGUCCUACUCUGUCCAGGGCAGCUGUGUGCAGGACAUGGCCGAGGUCAGCAACUUCCCAGUCCAGGCCUGGCAGUGACACCGGACCGGUCAAGCGCCGCCUUCCCAAACCACGGCAACGACCACUCUCUAAGCACACCCCUGUCAACGGUCAGCGUUCAACAGAAAACAAACAGCCCUGUCAACGACUAAUUGUAAUGUUAAAGAAUUAUAUAUAUAUAUAUAUAUAUAUUA